AGAAUAUCAAGAAAAGAAAAAUACUAAAACGGCCAAAAAGAUAACCAAUAUGUCUGAAGAGGAGGCCACUGGGUUGUCAUCUGUACUUGAUUGUGAUGUUAUCGACAGCGAGGACUCAAUGUUUGGAGAUAAUGAUAAUGGAUUUGGCCGCUGUCAAUCACCUGUUUUAACUGUGAGUAACAUAAAAAAAAAGGUUAUCCUAUAUUUUAGUUGACCUAGUAUGCCGUAAACCUAGAGGUGUCACUAGCAUUUGUGUCACCCAUUAUCAUUAUGGUAAACUCAUGGUCACAUGGUGUCUGCCCCUCAUCUGACCAGCACUGAGUAAUUGUUAACGAGAUCAUUCGAAAUUUUACAGUAUUUUUUUGUAAAUAAUGUCCUAAAGCAUGUGUCAAAUUAAGAUCCGCAUGCCUAUACUAUACAUUAUACAGGGAUGGUGUACAGUUAUAGUAGGUCUGAAAGUUAUUGACCAGCAUACGAUUAUAUCUGGCAUGUAGAGAAUUUUAGGCAAAAUUAGUUUUUAAUGGCCCUGCGAUAAAAAUUGCAAAUAAAAUUCCCUAAUUAGCAGCCUUGCCGAAUAAUAGACUACCUGAGAGUAUUCUUGGUUUAAUCAGAAUAAGUGAAAUUAAAAGUUGUGUAGUGAGUGGAUGCUCGUCGUUAAAGUAACCUUUUUGAAAUAGCACAUAAGACAUAAGAAAUAAAAGAAGUGUAGCACCCUGAUAUUAUUACAUUAACUUUUCCCAUCUUGCCUAAUGUGAUAUCAAUCAAGCAGAAACUACAGAAUGUAGAAAAAUUGAAGAAGAAUCUAACAUUAUUGUACACAUUUUUCAACCAAAGCAAAAUCACCAAAUGAAGCUGCUGUGAAAGCAAGUUUUGUUGUGGCGGAGGAGAUCAUAAAAUCAGGCUGACCAUUUACAGUAGAGGAUAUCUGAAUGUCUGCAUGAUGAAAGUGUGAAACUAAUUGUGUUCAGACAAAACGCAGCUUUUUCAAAUGUAAGCUUUAGCAGAAACAUGGUUGCUGAUUGGGUUUGGGAGAUGGCCACUGAUUUUAAAACACAGCUGAUUGAAAAAGGCAAAGACUCUUUGCAUUCUCACUUGCUGUCGAUGAAAGUAAGGAUACAACUGACACUGCAGAGCUGUUGGUUGCUGAUUGGGUUUGGGAGAUGGCCACUGAUUUUAAAACACAGCUGAUUGAAAAAGGCAAAGACUCUUUGCAUUCUCACUUGCUGUCGAUGAAAGUAAGGAUACAACUGACACUGCAGAGCUGUCCAUCUUCAUCCGUGGAGUGGACACAAGUUUGAAUAUUUUAGAGAAUUAUUGGAUAUAAAUUCCAUGCAUGGCACAGUGACAAGAAAAAAUAUUUUUGACAAUAUAUGUUUAAGAUUAACCAUUAAAACAUGCCUUAAGACAAACUUGUUGGACAGAUGGAGCAGCGGCGAAAAAAGUGGACUUGUUGGAAGCAUGCUCUUAAAGAUGCAGGAUAACUGUUCUGGUUAAUUGAUAGCAUAUCACUGCAUCAUACAUCAAGGAUCACUGUGUGGUAAAUUCCUCAACAAUGAAAAAAAAAAGGUUUAUAUGAAUUGGAUCUAAUAUUAUCACAUUACUGAUCAUAUUUUUUGACACACCAUGGAAUCAUUUUUUUAAUAAUAAUGUUCAGACUGAUUAAAUUGGCUUCAUUUUAAACUGAUGUUUCUGCUUAUUAUUUUUAUAAACAUGGACAAGAGGUCUGUCCUGGGGCUUUGCUUGAAAGUCCAUAUACCUGAUACUUUCAAAAUAGCCAAAAAUUUGUUGUUUUUUUUUGGUAUAGCUUUUAAAUUUUAGGACUAUGUUACUCAAUGACUUUAUUGAUUUGUGUUCUAAUCUUCACACAGGUAAAAGACCCUAAAGAGUGCGUCUUUAAAGAUUUUGGCUGCAGAUUCAAAGUAAGCUAAUUUAUUAUAUAAAAAUGGCCACAGCAUAAUACUAAAGCAAUAUGAAGGGAGUUAACUUUUGAAAAUGCAAGGAAAUAUUAUGAUAAUUCCUGUCACAUGUUGCAUGAUAUAUUUGCUGCAUUAGAAUUAGAGAUAUAAAAUUGGCUAUUUAAACUGUCAGAAUGUCAGGAAAAAUAUUGCAGAAUUUUUAAAUAAUAAGGAAAUAUUAUGAUAAUUCCUGUCACAUGUUGCAUGAUAUAUUUGCUGCAUUAGAAUUAGAGAUAUAAAAUUGGCUAUUUAAACUGUCAGAAUGUCAGGAAAAAUAUUGCAGAAUUUUUAAAUAAAUGUAUGGAGUCAGAGUUUCUGUUGAGACCCCCACCUGGCCAUACCCAAGCAUACACAAAAUUGUCGACCCACCCCCUUCAAUACAUGCAUAGGGGCCUACUAUAUGGAAGACGCUGUAAUGUAAGGCCACCAUUUAAAGUUUAUACCAUUGUGCCAUAACAUUUUGUAAAGGACAGUUUGAUUUUAUUAACUUUCUGCAGGGGCCUUCAGCAGAAUUGAAAGAACAUGAACAUAAUAAAAGUGUUCAUUUUGACAUGCUAUUUCAAUUUGCGCUACGACUGGAAAGUGAGAAAAAACAUGACCAAUUAAAAUUGCAGGUGCAGUAAAGGUUAAUUAUUAUAGUUUUGAUACUUUUUCAAACUUAUGGUUUUAUUGUUCUAUUUUUGGGCUAUUUCAAAGUGAUGAGCUUUUAUUUUAGACAAUGCAGUUGUAUUUAUUGUAUAUUUUCCUCUCCAUUCAGGUAUAUAUUGACAAUUUUAAGAAAAUGGAGGCCGUCUUUGAAGAGACACACAAAAAAUUAAAGGC